ACGUUGACAUUGCGCGACAUGUCCAUCCAAUUUCAUUGUGCGUCUACCGUGAAUGUCAAUAUUGUUUUAAGUUUUGCCGGAGAGAGAUGCAUGGGAAAGAAUCAUCUGGAAAGCUGUUUUAAAACAGUUUGAGGUUCUUUAGACGUGUGGCGUACACUUCAGACCAACACGUAAGGACGAAUCAAACAGGACGUUCAUUUGAAUAAGACCAACGCUGAAACCUUUCUACCAGUAGAUGUCGUGAGGUAGAAAACCCAAUUUGGGAGUUCGCAGUAGUCGUUGGCUAAUAUGUCACUCGCAGAAAACGGACUCCGUCAAUGUGCAGAAUCAAUUUUUGUGUGUUGAAGUUCCCAUGGACAAACUACUAGAACCAUACGACAAUCGUCGAUGGCACCAAGGAACCAGGCUAUGGUUGAAGAUCUUCGAGGGAUAACGAGAUACAAUUUGACACUCGUUACUAAUAAACCGAUACACGUGUGGCGCACCACAGACACCCUCUUCAAAGAAUCUUUGUUGUCUUAGGCGGAUCUGUGAGAAACUUACGCUAUCAGCGUUUUCAUUUUUUUUCAGUGUCUGUUCACACAUCAAUACUACACAAAAUUCAAAGAAGCAUCUGUCAAUAAAUGGGAGUGUGCAAGUUAACAGCCUAAUCUCGACAUCAGACAGGAUCAUGUAGCUUCAACAUAAGUUUUUGUAAGAGAUACGUGAGGCGUUCGAGUGGAAAGUUUGAUUGUGUUUAGUGAGUAUCAUAGACAACCCUUUCUGAAGUGCAUUAUUAUCCACAUUCGUCUCUGGAUCUGGUGUCAUUUCGUCAUAUUCACAACAAAGACAUGGAAGGCAUUUUAAAAAUAUUUACCAGUUUGGUUUUUACCAACUUCAUGCCAAAGGAUCUGCCAACCCCUCUCGUCGUUCCGAGUAAAAUAUUCUGCGCCAAGGAGUGUGUCAAGGUCCCUAACUGUCAGUCUUUCUUUUACGAUAACACUCAAAAAAGAAAACUCUGCUAUCACCGAUCAGACGUUUUAACGAGUACAACGGGACUCAGCCCUCAAGAUAAUGUUGGUUAUUACCAGGUACACAAAGUAAACGGUGGUUGGUCCUCGUGGUCAGUAACAUCAGCUGGCCCUUGUUCGUUGACUUGUGGAAGUGGUCAGCAAACUGUUGCCAGGGCCAGGACCUGCUCUAACCCAGCUCCGGGCCAUGGUGGGGCUUCUUGUUCCGGAGCGUCAACGGACAGUCAGACACAGGCAUGUAACACCGUGGCUUGUCCAGUUGAUGGCGCCUGGGCUUCAUGGACUGUAGCGUCCACUGGAACAUGCUCACUGACCUGCGGGGGAGGGCAGCAGUCACUUAGUCGGGUCAGGACAUGUACCAACCCUCCCCCUGAUAAUGGCGGUUUAACCUGCCCAGGCUCGUCCUCAGAUACUCAAAGUCAAUCCUGCAACACCUCACCCUGUCCAGUUGAUGGCGCCUGGGCUUCAUGGACUGUAGCGUCCACUGGAACAUGCUCACUGACCUGCGGGGGAGGGCAGCAGUCACUUAGUCGGGUCAGGACAUGUACCAACCCUCCCCCUAAUAAAGGCGGUUUAACCUGCCCAGACUCGUCCUCAGAUACUCAAAGUCAACCCUGCAACACCUCACCCUGUCCAGUUGCUGGCGCCUGGGCUUCAUGGACUGUAGCGUCCACUGGAACAUGCUCACUGACCUGCGGGGGAGGGCAGCAGUCACUAAGUCGGGUCAGGACAUGUACCAACCCUCCCCCUGACAAUGGCGGUUCAACCUGCCCAGGCUCGUCCUCAGACACUCAAAGUCAAUCCUGCAACACCUCACCCUGUCCAGUUGAUGGCGCCUGGGCUUCAUGGACUGUAGCGUCCACUGGAACAUGCUCACUGACCUGCGGGGGAGGGCAGCAGUCACUUAGUCGGGUCAGGACAUGUACCAACCCUCCCCCUAAUAAAGGCGGUUUAACCUGCCAAGGCUCGUCCUCAGAUACUCAAAGUCAACCCUGCAACACCUCACCCUGUCCAGUUGAUGGCGCCUGGGCUUCAUGGACUGUAGCGUCCACUGGAACAUGCUCACUGACCUGCGGGGGAGGGCAGCAGACACUUAGUCGGGUCAGGACAUGUACCAACCCUCCCCCUGACAAUGGCGGUUCAACCUGCCCAGGCUCGUCCUCAGAUACUCAAAGUCAACCCUGCAACACCUCACCCUGUCCAGUUGCUGGCGCCUGGGCUUCAUGGACUGUAGCGUCCACUGGAACAUGCUCACUGACCUGCGGGGGAGGGCAGCAGUCACUAAGUCGGGUCAGGACAUGUACCAACCCUCCCCCUGACAAUGGCGGUUCAACCUGCCCAGGCUCGUCCUCAGACACUCAAAGUCAAUCCUGCAACACCUCACCCUGUCCAGUUGAUGGCGCCUGGGCUUCAUGGACUGUAGCGUCCACUGGAACAUGCUCACUGACCUGCGGGGGAGGGCAGCAGACACUUAGUCGGGUCAGGACAUGUACCAACCCUCCCCCUGACAAUGGCGGUUCAACCUGCCCAGGCUCGUCCUCAGAUACUCAAAGUCAACCCUGCAACACCUCACCCUGUCCAGUUGCUGGCGCCUGGGCUUCAUGGACUGUAGCGUCCACUGGAACAUGCUCACUGACCUGCGGGGGAGGGCAGCAGUCACUUAGUCGGGUCAGGACAUGUACCAACCCUCCCCCUGACAAUGGUGGUUCAACCUGCCCAGGCUCGUCCUCAGAUACUCAAAGUCAAUCCUGCAACACCUCACCCUGUCCAGUUGCUGGCGCCUGGGCUUCAUGGACUGUAGCGUCCACUGGAACAUGCUCACUGACCUGCGGGGGAGGGCAGCAGUCACUAAGUCGGGUCAGGACAUGUACCAACCCUCCCCCUGACAAUGGCGGUUCAACCUGCCCAGGCUCGUCCUCAGAUACUCAAAGUCAAUCCUGCAACACCUCACCCUGUCCAGUUGCUGGCGCCUGGGCUUCAUGGACUGUAGCGUCCACUGGAACAUGCUCACUGACCUGCGGGGGAGGGCAGCAGACACUUAGUCGGGUCAGGACAUGUACCAACCCUCCCCCUGAUAAUGGCGGUUCAACCUGCCCAGGCUCGUCCUCAGAUACUCAAAGUCAAUCCUGCAACACCUCACCCUGUCCAGUGACAUGUCCAACAAGCCAAGGCUACUCACAUGAGCCGAAAAUCAACGUGUGCUACAAGAUCCAAACAAUUGAACGAACCUGGACUAAUGCUCGCACUGUCUGUCAAGCUGAGGGAGGCGACCUCAUAGUUCUUCAGAACAGCGCCAAGGAUACUUAUAUUCGGCAGGCGAUAUAUGAUAUCAUCGGAAACAGCGAUGUAGACUACUUCAUUGGAGGGCAGCAAACGGCAACUCCUGGCUCUUGGAAAUGGAUAGAUGGAACUUCCAUCUCUGGCUUUUCAAUGUCUAACUCCAAUAAAAUGUGUUUGGAAAUCGACAAAAAUAUAUGGGAUGACGACUUUUGUAAUUCAGGCUCGCAACCGUUUGUGUGUGAAAUCGUACUGACAUAAAGAUAAACGCACGAAUGUACGGAAGCGUAGUAGGGCCACGGUGAUCUGUUUUGUCUAAGUAUCUCCUACGUAGGACUUAUUAUCUUCUACGUAUGACUUAUUAUCUUCUACGUAGGACUUACUAGG